AUGCCAUUUUCUACAAACAAUUCCGUUGAUCACUAUCCAAGUAUUCAGGGUUUGGAUAUAUUAAAUAACGGUUCAUCAUCUAAUAACAAAAACAGUUUUCAAGCUUUAAAACGGCGAUCGUCGUUGACAAAUACUAUUUCAUCAUCAAAACGACGGCAUUGUAGUGAAUCAAACCCCGUUUAUCGUGCAGAUGAAGACGACCAAAAUGACGAAGACGACGAUGAUGGUGAUGAUUCGAAUAAAGGAAGUGUGAAUGAUGAUGGCAGUGUCACUACAACUGCGAAUAAUAAUGUAGAUGUGACAAAUGGAAAAUCAAUAAAACGAGAUGAUAAUCGAAGACGAGCCGCUCAUACAGCAGCAGAACAAAAACGACGAAAUGCUAUACGAAAAGGUUACGAUGCCUUACAAAUUCUCGUUCCAAACAGUCAUCUAUUAGAUCCUAUUAGCUCACAAAAAGUUAGCAAAGCUGCAAUAUUAAAACGCUCAACGGAUUAUUUACAACAAUUACACGAAGAAAAACAAAAAUUAAGUGAACAAUUAGAUGCGCUUCGAAAUGAAGCAUUUUGUUUGAGAACAAUGCAAAAAACAUAUGAAGAUAUAGUAAAAAUGAAUAUGAAAUCGUCUAAAAAUGCUAAAGAUGAUGAAUACAAAUUCUCAUUAUUUCAAAAUAUAUCUGACUCAAUAUUUGUCAGUUUUGAUCAAGCUGUAGAAACUAUUAAUGUGCCAUCAUGUGAAAAUAUGAUGAUUGCCAUUCUGAGAUGGGUCGAACAAUCGUGUCGACCAACGGAGAUUCAUGAACUAAUUCGACGUCAAGUACAAAAUUUUCGUCUUUAA